AAUUGUUCAGCGCCAAAGCCACCCGUGGCAAAUGCCGUGUUGAAGUGGCGACCCGGUUGUAAUAACAACAUUUUUGUACCAGGAGAAAAUGCUGAAUUUGUUUGCAAGGAAGGGUUUCGACAAAUCGGCUGGCUUGAUACAUUAAGGUGUGAAAGAAAUGGAACUUGGAGUUCGAAAUCAUCUGUUGAAGAGUUCAAAUCAAGUAACGGAAGAUCAGAUCUGUCAGGUAAGCCGAUAGGAAUGACGUUCCUCGUUCAUUGUGGGAAAUCGUUGUUUCAUUUCCAUAUUUUACUUAACAAAUGGCAAAGUUUGUGUACCUGCCGAGAAUAUUUAGGCCUUCGUUCGUUGUUGUUCGUUACUAUGAAGAAAAUUGAAAUCGUUUCGUAAUCAGUUCGGCAUUCCAGAUGUUUAGAAAAAUGAAUCAAUGAAUAAAGUUUUUGGUAAUCUUUUCAUUUCCGUUUUGAUUGCUAGAAAGCGAUGCUUUCAGCAUGAUUCUGAUUUUAGCUUAAAAUACGAAAGUACGAGGUCUUUUAAUCUUGGAGAGUGUGUGAUCCACCGUCUUUUUUUUUUUGUCUCGCCCGAAUGAUUCGAAUUGUAUUUAAUCCGGCAAGACAAAAAUAAAUUGAAAUUGGAUAAAAAUUGUAUCAGAAAAUGUACACUAUAUUAAUAUGCUAAUGAAGAAAAUAAGUUUUCUCUGCGGCGGAGAGAGGCAUGGGCCGGCACUGUUCACACUAUAGGUAGUUGACACAUAAGAACAGUGAAUGGGAUUUAGUUCACCAAAUCCUCUAGGCAGCCGCUCCGUCACGAUGUGUGGUGCCGCGCGGUACUGUUGCUGUUCAUACUAUUCCUCGUGAUAUACCGGAAGCUUUUCGUAGCCUUGCUAUAACUGGGGCUAAAAGCGUUCAUUCGCUUUCGUAAUGCCGAGGAUUUGUUUAAAUACCGGGGUUCCACUUAAAAAAUAUCAAUAUAAUUGUAAUAUAUAAGAUAUACCAUCAACUGACGUGUUAACAACAGUUCCUGAUUCAGAACUAGGGACCUUAAGCAUCGACAUCUAAACGGACGACGACGACGCUUCCCAACCGAGGCAGACUGGGCCAAGGGUUUCGUUUUCGGCGGGAAAAAAGGAAGUUUAAGCAGUGCAGCUUCCCAGACGGACGACGACUUUUCCUUUGCGAAGAACUUUGUCUUGUUACAGUCUUAUUAGGGCAUUCAAAGACCUCCGUAAUUUGCAUUUUAUAAGGUAUGAAGAUGGUUUAAUCGACGAUGGCGAAUUCAUUGUUCUUUAGGACCUGGAUUAUUUUAUUGUGGAGGCUUUCUCUUCGUCGCGCAGCUUUUGUUUUUGUUUUGAAAUGAAGUUAAACCUGUAUACCGAUCUCGAACAGCUCUUGACUUGCAGUUAAGCUAAAUUUCGGCUGCUGAAGAGAAUUCAGUGUUGCUACAAUGUUCUCCCAUAUUUGUCCUCUCUCAGGGCUCCUAAUAACCACAUCAUGUUCCAGCUGAGUCCACUGGAAAAUAGUUGCCUUUAAUAGCGGCUAAAAACAACAUGGGAAAUUAUUAAAUCUUAGUACGAAAAAAUGAACAUUUAUCCUAUAGCACAACCUAGAAUGCAUGAGUAAACAUAGGACCGUAAGGGAACGAACAGCAGCUAAUCUAAAAGGUUCGGAAGAUAGCAGAGGAAAGCUUACUUGUCUGUCCGACUUGGUGUUCCGCCAUCACUCAGGUUUUUAAACAAACCGAACCUGCAAAAUAAAUUCAAGUUAGCAGGCGAAGAAACCGACAAAGUGUUUAACAUUUGGAUUCUGCUAAUCCACAAAGAAUAUAUUUCUACUUGUACUGAAUGACAAGAGGGGGAAAGAGUGAUUUACACGCAAAAAGUAUAGUUUUAUACUUACGUUUUAGCGACGACGGCAAACCUCCCUGAAUUACGUCGUCGACGAAGGCUGGACGACGUUUUGACAACCUUACGCAUGCCUAGAAGGUUCGCGCGGGAAAAUUUCACUUCCGGUCGGCGUCGUCGUCCCAUUUCGUCGUCGAUGCUUAAGGUCCCUACUAUGUCCACAUAGACAUUCUUUUUAUGUUUAAUAACGCUGACAAAUCAGGGGCUCUUAAUUACCAAGUGUUUUGAAAUGUGUCAGAAGUGUCUCAGAUGGUUUGAUCAUUUAGGAACGGCCCUAAAAAACAGUUUAGAAUAUCUGUUCGGAUGUCUUAAGGAACUUUGGUCGUCUUGAAAGUUAAAGGUAGCUUCUUUGUCUCAUCCAAAACAGUUAUAUUAGCUACGUACUCUGAUUGGUCCGGUCGAACGUUUGAGGACAUGAAGUAGCCGUACUUUCAUCUAUGUAAAGCAGGUUCUAGUCUAAGCAGGUCUUUUUUUUGGAUAAUAAUGUUGAUCUGUGAAAGGUUUGAACCCAGGAGUCAUUUCAAAAGUAGGUUGAGUUUGAUCGUCCGGGUGAACGCAGUCCUGAAUAGGACUGUUGCUGACAGUGACUGACGUUUCAACAACUACCGACUACCGCACAGGUUGUCGAAACGUCAGUCACUGUAAACAAUAGUCCUGUUCAGGACUACGUUCACCCGGACGAUCAACCUCAACCUACUUUUGAGAUAAUGUUAAUGCAUGUAUUAUAGUACUUUUAGAUUUGUAUAAGAAAUAGUGUUUUUAAGUCCUAAUGAGUUGACCGUGUUUAAAUAAAGUCAUUCAUUCAUUCGUUCGUUCGUUCGUUCAUUCAGAAGGUUCAAGUAAUCGUUUUGAUUUUUGCACCGAAAUUUUUAAGAGCCAUUUUUGAACAAUAAUUGUAAUAUCUUGGUAAUGAUUAGAAGUGUAACAACAGAAGCUCCGAAAAUCAUAGGCAUAUGUUAGUUUAAAAAAAUCCUAAUAUAUAUAUAGACGAAUGCAACGGUUAUCCUGAAACUUUUUGCCUUUCUCUAGCUUAAGAAAUUUCAAUAUGUGUUCCUUCACUUCAAAUUGUUAUUUUACUUAAAAAGUCGUUGGCUGACCCUGACAAAUGGCGUCUAUUUUACAGGCUUUUGCGUAACAAAUCAUUGUAAUGACUCUGAAGUAUUUAACUGCGGCGCACACAGCGAGACUGUUGAUAUCUGCAAAAGGUGUAACUGUGUUGCUGAUUGCCAUGAUGGCAGCGACGAGACGGAUUGUGGGUCAAUUCUUAUAAAUGUCACGGGACGAGCUACGGGUGAGGUGAAAUAUCCGGAAAGCACAAAUACACCUGACAACAAGAGAGUUGUACGAUGCAGCCAAACGUUAUGGACUGAUGAUUCUGGCUUUUACAUUAAGCUGCUUUUCACAAAGUUUUCCUUUCGUGGCGAUUGCGAGGAAAGCUACCUUUACUUGGAAAACGCGACGUUUAGUGGCUCUGAAUCACCCGAUUGCUGCAAAAAGAAUGAGGAUCUUUGCGGAUUUGGCGCAAAAUCUGGUGCGCCGCCCUUAUCGCAUUCAGCCAAGAACUUUAUGACCAUCACCAUUAUCGAUGGCUCAAAUUCUGAUUCAUCGGAGUUUACAUCACAGUGGUUCAAUGUUAACGGUCUUUUUCCUCAUGGGGUCGUACCCAAAGACGAUCCUUCUUACUCACACUACAUCAAAAUUAAGAAGCAACGAAGUAAGAAAAUUGAGACUAAGGCGAGUGAUUCAACGUACGUAGCUUCUGUGGUAAUUUUAUCUAUUUUGGCGUUUAUCGUUGUGUCCAUCGUUGCGUGCAAGGUUGGGCAACGUUUUAUUGGACCGACUUGUAGCUUGGGAUAUUGUCGUGCCUGGAUCUCUGUUAAGAGGCGUCAGCGGUCAGCCUCGCGGGCGACUUCUCCAGAGACGAGCCCCAUAAGAACGGACGCAUAUAACGGGCAUCCACGGGUAAGGUCCCAGGGUACAGUUCAGGCAAACAUCAAUCCAAGAGUCCGCUAUGGAAGCACCGAGGACAUUGCCUGA